ACAUUCCCCCCAACAUCCCACCAGAGCAGCGGCAGGCCUUUAUUCAUAACAUGCUCCGCCGGCAGGCCCAGGCUGCCGCUGCAGGCGGUGGUGCACACCGCUACGGUCCGCAGCAGGCCCCGCCGCGCAUGGCUACCGGUAUGAACAUGCCCGGCAUGGCGGAGCAGAGGCCACCUGUCCCUCCAGACGGGGCACGGUUCGCCGUGUAUGGCCAGCCUGGGCCGAGGCCGGGACAUGGCGGGGUGGACAUUGUGGAUGUCGGACGCGAGGGCAAGAGGGGCAAAUCGGGGGAUCGGAAGAAGAAGGCUAUGAGCUGGUUUGGAGGCGGUGCGCCGGCCAGGAAAUCUUCCAAGAAGAAACGUUGAACCUAGAAUGGUUUUUUCUUCUUCUUCAUUCCUUUUGUGUGGCGGAAAGGGGGGAAAAGGAGGGGGGCGGGUGUCUGUUCUAAUUGGUCUUUUUUUUUCCUUCUACAACGAUACCUUUUCGCUUUUGUGCAUCUUUCGUUGUUGUUGUUUCCUUGUUAUGUUUCUCCUCUCAUUUUCUUUGGGUUCUUCUCGAGUAGCAAGCUCUUGAGAAGAAGGCAGCGGGGGAGUAUAUGCAUUGAUGGAAAGACGUGAUGAGAUGAUGAGAUGAUUAUAGGAUGAGAGAUGAAAUAAAUGUGUUGAAACAAAAUGAGGAGAAAAAAAAUAAGAAAAUAAGAAGAACAGAAGAAGAAAAGAGGGAGCUGGGUAGCUACCUUUUCUCGCACCCUCUCUUCUCAGCAUCACCAAUCAAACAGAUACAGGUCUGUGGAAGAACGCUCUUCCAAGGUUGGAGGAACAAAUACUCUUCCUGACUUUAUGUUGCUGGGACGCAGGGCAUCGUG